AUGUCUAAAAUACUUCGCAAGCACUUGCUUUCUUCGUUUGCACUUCUUUCAAAAGAAACAUCAUUGCUCCGAAGCAAGUUAUCUUCCCACAAAGUUUGUAACAAUUAUCAUGCUUUGUCGAAUCAAUUCAGAUACUUCUCCCAAAGGAACAAAUCGCUGUUGAAGGACUCAUCUUCUUCUAAUAAUAAUAAUAACGGAAAAAAAGGCUUUGGUUCAGUAACCAUGAACGAUUUCAGACUUGUCAUGAUUUGUGUUGCAUUGGUGAGCAUUGCUGUUGGCGCAUAUUACAGCAAUAAAAGUACAGAACGUAAAAUUGAAUACAAAGAGAAGGUGCGAGAAGAAAGAAAACAAUCGAUCGAAAACAUGAAAGGAAGCACCAAAGAAUUUUUUGGAAGAUUUAGAAGGCAGAAAACAGAGGAAGAACCUUCUGUUGUGAACAGUGAAGAAAAGAAAGACUAG